AUGGGAAGUUCUACCUCACCCACCGUACAGCCCGAACCUUGCCCCGAGCGACUACCACCUCCUCCGAUCGUUUCAGCAUCACCUGGAACAGAAGCGCUGAUCGUGACCACCUCGAAAAUGGCCUUCGGGCUUUCUUCGCCUCCAAGUCGCCGGAGUUCUACGCCAAAGGAAUCCGUGAUCUUGAGACGUUGGCAUAAGGUUGUCGAUUUUGAUGGAGAUUACUUCAUCGAAUAA